GCGGCGAUGAGGAUCCAGAAACAGCAGCAGUGGUAGGCGGCGGCCAAAGCCGCCGCCGCCCGGACUGCUAAAACCGCGGGGCUCGGGUUGUUCGGUUCGUUUCUGAAAAGGCUCAAAGACCGGAGCAAGAGCAAAAAGCGCGCUCUCCAGAACAUCGAACUCAAUUUUCCGGCAGAAAAUAAAGUAGAUGAAAACGUUAGAAUGUCGUGUUCUUGUAGUAAUCGGAGACCGAGCAGCGCCGAUUGGACGGAGAACAACGAAGAAGCCGAUUUUGAGGCCUCAACCAACAGCAGUUGCGGCUCCGAUUACUGCUCGGAGGAGAUAAUAAUCAAUAGCGAUUUUGAUUUAGUGGAAACACGCUUUUGCUUAAGCCCUUUCAGAUUCUCUCUUCUCCAGACCCCUUCCUCGUCCGGCCGCCGCACCCCUGACUUCUGUUCUCCGGCGGCUUCUCCUAGUCGCCGCGUAAAUCAGGAAAACGAAAAUUACGAAGCAAGAAAUGUAGAUAAAGAAGAAGAGGAAGAAGAGAAGAAACAAUGUAGUCCCGUUUCAAUAUUGGAGCCUCCGUUCGAAGACGAUUUACGCGAAACCGAAGAUGCAGAAGAAUUAGAAGAAGACGAUUAUGACCUCGAUUGUGGCUACGAAAAUGUAGAAAGAGCCAAACAACAGCUCUUGCACAGGCUCCGUAGAUUCGAAAAGCUCGCGGAAUUGGACCCGAUCGAACUCGAGAGGAAGUUGCUCGUAGCAUCGGACGAAGAAUCCGAGGGAUAUUAUUCCGAGGAUGACGUGGCGGCGCUGUACAAAAAGCAGAGCGUGGAAACAUUUGUGGGAUCGAAGAACAUGUCCACCGAUAUGAAGAGGCUUGUCUCGGAUUUAAUCGUGGAGGAAAAGAGCGAAGUAAUUUGGUCGGUAAAUAGCAACGAAGUGGUGAUGGGAAGAAUUAGCAACAAAUUGGAUUCUUGGAAAGAAGUGGAGUUCGACACUAUCGAUAUGAUGAUCGGACUGGAUUUCAAGAAAGAGUUCGAUUUGUGGACGAAUUUCCGCGAGCAAGUGGAGGAAACAUCCGCAGAAAUCGAGGUCGCGGUUUUUAGGGUUUUGAUCGAGGAAUUAUCCGACGAAAUUUUCGAUUUGCGGACACAAUUUAAUUAGUAGGUAAUUAAGAUUAAUCCUCAACUAAUUAUAAUUUCUGAUUAUGUUAGAAGAGAACAUUAAAAUUACAAUUGGUGGUCACAGGUUUUGUAAUGAUGUUUUCUAUUUUCCAGGAGAGAAUUUCAACUUGUAAGAGAAACACUGCAAAAGACACUAAUUCUCUAUGGGGGACCAAAUAGAUACAUUCAAAUU